AUGGCUUCAACCCCCGAUAACCGGGCGCAGGCUCUGAAGCGCAAGUCACUGAGUGCAGAGUCCGGCCUGGAGUCGACGGCCAAGCGCCAUAGCCUGUCUGGAUAUGAUCCGCAGGCCCCAUGGCUAUAUGAGGGCAAACCUCCUGGCGGAUGGCGCACAUUAGGGACCCCUGGUGUGCAGCAUUCCCUACCGCUGGCGAAUAUGGUGUCUGCCGUGCAGGAUCUGAUUGACCCAGACUUCGAUCCGUUGACGGCGAUGUUGGACGAUGAGCCUCGGUUUUUGAAGCCGCUGCCAGCUCGCAUCGCCCCGGAAGAUUUGGAAUUCCUGCGAUUUCGUGGUGCGCUCUCACUACCGGAGAGCGGUCUGCGGGAUGAACUGCUUCGCUGUUAUAUUCAGUGGGUGCAUAGUUUUAUGCCGGUCUUGAACUUGCAGGAAUUCUUGCGAUGUGUGGCAGAAAAUGAUCCGGAGGGAAAUGUUAGCAUUUUGCUGUUUCAGGCAGUGAUGUUCGUCGGCACGGCAUUUGUCGAUCUUAAACAUCUGCAGGAUGCGGGAUAUUCGACGCGAAAGAGCGCGCGGAGUGCGUUCUUCACUCGCUUAAGGCUACUCUACUCUCUUGACUGCGAAGAGGACCGAAUUGUGAUUCUACAAACUUUACUACUGAUGACCUACUGGUCUGAUCCGGAGAACAGCCCACAGCGAGACAUCUGGGAUUGGAUUGGUGUAUGCAACACACAGGCACAAUCGAUCGGGUUGAACAAAGACCCUGCAUCAGGCGAUAUGGACGUAAGGACUCGACGACUCCGCGCUCGGCUCUGGUGGUGCCUGUACUCCCGAGACCGACUCAUUGCUAUGGGUAUGCGUCGCCCACUUCAAGUCAAUGAUGGUACAAGCAACGUGCCUAUGCUCAGGCUAGACGACUUCGACUUUGAACCCUUCGCUCCAUCCGUUAUUUCCAAUUUCCGCUGCCGCCAAUUGGAAGAUGUGUCACAUCAAAAACGUCUCUCUAUUAUGUUUAUUGAAAAGAUGAAGCUUUGUCAGGGUAUUGGCAGGGUAUUGUUUGCCCAAUACACACCUUCGCAACGCCAAUUUGGCGCCACGAAUCGGACAACUGUCACCCUCGUUCCUCGACAAGCUUCAGAGUCUGAGUUUGCGCGAUGCGGUCAGAAGCUCGACUCAUGGCUCAGUACUCUCCCCAAAGAUGCUCAAUUUAUACCGAAAACGAAGAAUAAUUUCCGUGAUGGAGAGGACGUGCUCUUGCUCCAUGGCGCAAUGUUGCGUAUGCUCUAUCAUGCUACAAGUAGUGCACUUCACCGGCCUUGGGCAGUCGCCUCGAAGGAUCAAUCCAAAACACGCACUGAAUUGUGCAACACUGCCCGCAUUAAAAUGCACGAUGCUGCCAGCGGAAUCACACAUAUUAUACAGGGGUUGAAUCAACUCAAUCUGACGCGGUUCCUGCCACAAUCCGGGGUCACUGUGAUUCUACCCGCUGCCGUGGCACAUUUAACCAACACCAUGUCCGACAAUCCGGCUGUCCGCGAAAGCAGUGUAUACAAUUUCCACCGUUGUAUUCAAGUGCUGCACUGUCUCAAGGAUAUCUAUCCGGCCGCAGACCAAGAGUUCGCCAACAUCGAAGCCGCCAUUAAAAUGCAGUCUGGCGCCUCCAGCACCUUCUUCCAGGUCAUGCAAUACAACCUCGACGCCCCAGCCAUAUCCUUGACAACACGAGAACCAAGAAACCAAGAACCAAUCCCCAUACCGCAAUAUCAUCCACUCCUUGCCGAGCCACCUACUCCCAAGCCUGACACCCCGAUCUCACGAAGGCAAGCCACACCUACCCAAGGCUCAGGGGGUCUCCCAACACCAAGAAACUCUACCACAGAAACCAUCCAGGAUACUUCUCUACCUCUCUUCCCCAACGAUUUCGACCAAUUUGCCGACCCCAGCACCGUCGACAACAACCCCUUCAACUUUUUCUCAAUCGAUAUCGACUCAUUCCCGGACAUACCCACCCCUGCCACGAAUCCAAACACGGAUGGAAACAAUAUAUCAUCAACCGCAAAAGACAAUAAUUUAGACUGGACACAAGACCUAUUCCGAGACACGGACAUGAGUCAAUAUGACAAGGCACAGACCUUCGAGUCACAGGAGAUACCCCAGCAAGAACAAGAGCAGGACCCUUUCUCGUUUGAGUUGCAGGGAAUGGAUGAAAACAUAUCUGGAACACACUCGCGCCAUCAAUCAAUGAGUGAAGCUAGGUCUGGUAUUACUGGGGAUCUUGAUCGGGAUCUAGGGUUCCAGUCCGGGGAUGAUAUGUUUUAG